AGUGUCAAGGCUCAAACGUCAAGUUUCAUGCCGACUACCAUGUGCUUGUAUUAUAUAGUAAAUAAUUUAAGUUUUCUGCGUUUUUAAUUACCAAAAAUGCAGCAGGCCCAUCGUGCAGGUAAUCUGAAGCAGAGCAACAAGGCUCAUAAGUCUCGCCAUCGUUCUAAACGUGGUAUUUCCGCGGCAGUGAAAGGCAAGGUAAAUGUAAAGGAAUUUGUGCGACGCAAUCGUCACAUAUUAAAGAAAGAUGAGCGUCGUCACCAAGCCUUGCAGAUUCGCAAAAACAAACGUGAGGAGGUUUUGUCGAAGAAACGUGCAUUAGGUGGCACUAGAAACCCGCCAUUCUUGGUCUGCGUGGUGCCAUUGAACGCGCAGCUGGAUGUGCAAUCUGCUCUUGUUAUCCUGAAGACUUGUUCUGAAGGAGCUAUUGUUUCUCAGUCUUCUAAUGGCAUCCUUCAUCUUGGUUUACCCAACUUCAAACAAAGGUUCUCUUUUGUUUGCCCAGAAGUGGACAAUGACUUUGCCCUGCUGGAUGCACUUAAAGUGGCAGACACUGCUCUCUUUGUUACCUCAGCACUUGACGAGCCUGUGGACGAAUGGGGUGAGAAAGUUCUAGCACUAUCCAUGGCCCAAGGUAUGCCCACUCCAAUAGUUGCCACAAUGGACAUAGAAGGAGUUCAUCCAAAAAAGCGGACAACUGAAAAACAAAACGUACAGAAGCUGGUAUCAAAAUGGCUGCCCGAAGAAAAAGUGGUACAGCUAGACAAAAGUUCUGAUGGACUCAACCUGUUACGUAGAAUCGGUAACCAGAAGCGUAACAUCAUCCAUCAUAGAGAAAAGAGACCUUAUAUGUUGGCAGAGGAGGUUGAAUAUGUGCCUGACGGUGAAGGCGAGAGUGGUACUCUGAAGAUAAGUGGCUACUUACGUGGUAUGCCACUGAAUGUCAAUGGUUUAGUUCAUAUCACUGGGUUGGGUGACUUCCAAAUGUCCAAGAUCGAUGGGCUUGAAGACCCACAUCCAUUGAACCUGGGCAAAGAGAAUGCAAAGUCAGAUGAUACUAUGGAUGCUGAGGUAACAAAGGUUUCGGUACUGCAGGUUGCUGACCCAGCUAAACAGGAGAGUCUUGUGUCAGAGAAUGUACCUGAUCCAAUGGAAGCUGAACAGACAUGGCCUACUGAGGAAGAAAUUCAACAAUCUAAUUUGGAGACUAAGACAAAAAAAGUCAAAAAGGUACCCAAAGGCUGGUCAGACUACCAAGCAGCCUGGAUUGUUGAAUCGGACGCUGAAGGAGAAGGAUCAGACGACGGCAGUGACAGUGAGGAUGAUGACGAAGAUGAUGAAUUCAUGUCAUGUGAGGAAGACAAGUCUGACCAAGAAGAGAAUGCAGGAGACAAUGACUUUGAAUCCGUGACUGAGUCAGAAGUAGGACCAACCGAUGAGAAGUACGAUGCAACUAUAGAUGCAGCUGAAGAACAUGAGAUGCUACAGAAACUUGCUGCUGCUAAAGAAGACCAGCAGUUCCCUGAUGAAGUGGACACUCCUCAAGACGUGCCAGCAAGGGAACGGUUCAUGCGGUACAGAGGGUUGGAGUCAUUCCGAACGUCGCCGUGGGACCCUAAAGAGAAUCUUCCGGAAGAUUUUGCUAGGAUAUUCCAGUUUGAGAAUUAUGAUAGAACAAGGAGGAGGGUGUUCAAGGAGCUGGAGGAUAGUUUGAUUAAUAUGUAUGGCUUCUACAUCACAAUCCACGUCAAGGACAUUCGCCAAGACCUAUGGAAGGCCUUCCAUUCAGCAAAUGCAAAGGCUCCUCUAUCAGUCUUCGGUCUUCUCCCUCAUGAACAGAAGAUGUCAGUAAUGAACGUAGCCCUCAAACGUACUGGAGCUAGUGAUGAACCGAUUAAGAGUAAAGAGAGGUUGAUCUUCCAAGUUGGGUAUAGGCGGUUUAUUGUCAAUCCCAUAUUCAGUCAGCAUACUAAUGGUAGUAAGCAUAAGUAUGAGAGAUUCUUCCAACCUGGAUCGACGUGUGUAGCGUCGUUCUUCGCACCUAUACAAUUCAGUCCUUCUUCAGUGCUAUGUUUUAAGGAAAAGAAGAAUACUAAGCUUCAAUUAUUAGCAACAGGAGUAUUAUUGUCGUGCAACCCAGACAGAUUGAUCAUUAAGAGGAUUGUACUUUCUGGUCAUCCUUACAAGGUGCACAAGAAAUCUGCAGUCAUUAGGUUUAUGUUCUUCAAUAGAGAUGACGUCAUAUACUUCAAGCCAUGCAAACUUAGGACAAAGUAUGGCCGCACUGGACACAUAAAAGAAGCUUUAGGUACCCACGGCCACAUGAAGUGCGUAUUCGACGGCCAGCUGAAAUCUCAAGACACAGUACUCCUCAACUUAUACAAACGAAUGUUCCCCAAGUGGACCUACGAAAAUUGUAUUGUAACUGAUAGAGAUACGAAGGAUACAGACAUGAUGGAGUAAUUAUGUAGAUUUUAGGAACAAAUAAAGGCUUAUGUUACAGCUA